AUGCGCUCCCCGCUACCACUCACGCCGCUGGUGGCUCUCUCGUCGCUGUACUCGCUCUCCGUCGCUCUACCACUCAUAUCGCGACCGAACAACUUGCAGCCAGAACCGGUUCUUGUAGCUCGCGCAAACUACUCCGUCGUUCCUGUCGACGGCGGCGCCCAAGGGGGCACAGUCACCGUUACACAGACUGUGGCCGCCAGCGCGUCCACAGCGGAGGUGUACAUCACCGUCACGGCGUUUGCGGCAGUGGUCACGGAGACAGUCACGGCAGUUGUGGCAACGCCGUCGGCUGCAAAGGAGUUUAAGACGGUGUAUAUCCCCACGACGGUGUACCAGUCCGUCGCAGCUCCGACGGGGGGUGCAAUAAUUAGCACGGUGACGCUCAGCUCGAGUAUCAGCGCAUCCAGCUCGGCCAAGGUUUAUGACAAUGGGAUGUGGCAUACGACGUACCCUGUGUGGUCAAACUCAACGACGACUUCGACACAAGCAGCGAGGUAG